GCUGUGUAUGAUCGUUUCCAAAUGUGCCGCAGCCAGUUGCAUAUGAAAAGGCUGUGAGAAAUGUGCUUGUGAGAUUUGUAUUUUGUGACGAGGGAAGCUGCGGUGUUCGUAAUAUUUGUGAUUUUUUAAGUGAAAUUUUCUGUAAUCUACAACAACAAAAUGCCACCAAGGAAGCAUAAAAAUAAAAAGAAGCAUCAUCAACAUCAAGCUCAACAGCAACAACAAGCGUCACCUAUGCAAUCGAGCAAUAAAAGUUCUCCAACCAAAAUGGAAGGUAAUAUUGAGUCUUGCGAUUCAACAUCAAAGCAGCUUCCCUUUAGGAUUGAAAAAUCAACGGUAUUGGGUCGCUACGUGGUGGCGAAUCGCGACUUGAAAGCCGGUGAACUGCUCAUUACAGAGGAGCCUUUAGCCAUUGGGCCGUGUGUUUCAGCGGAUGCCGUGUGCUUGGGUUGUUAUAUGCCAGUGGAGCUGCAGUCAGCACAAUAUCGCUGCUCGGUUUGCAAAUGGCCAAUGUGUGGACCGCAAUGCCGUGGCUUGCAUCAGCCCACAGGACAUACCGCACAGGAGUGUGAGCUGCUGCGUACGCAGAAACUGGGCGAGGCGCUGGAAGCCAUACGCGACAAACCGGAUUUGGUGAAGAACUACUAUGAACUCAUACUGAUUGUGCGCAUCUUUCUAAUCAAGCAAAAUGCACCGGAAAUAUACGCCGAAAUAUUGCAAAUGGAAUCACACAGCGAGUUGCGUAAAUCCAAUACCGAAUUGUGGCAAUACUAUGAGCAGAAUGUGGUGCAACGACUGCAACGUGAUUGGGGCAUGGCGGCGCUUACCGUCGAUGAGAUACACACUAUUUGCGGUAUUUUGGAUGUGAACUGUUUUGAAAUCGGUCAAAAUUCAGCGAAGGCACGUUGUUUGUACAGGAGUGCAUUUUUGUUGGCACACGAUUGUUGUCCCAAUACGGCGCACACCGAUGAUCCGCAAAGUUACGCGAUCAUUUUACGCACAUCGCGAGCGAUACGAAAGGACGAAGGCAUCACACUGAGCUAUGCUUAUACGCUGCAGGGCACCCUGAAGCGUCGCGAGUUCAUGCACGCUGGCAAAUUGUUCUGGUGUUGCUGUCAGCGUUGCGCCGAUCCGAAAGAGCUCGGCACGGAUUGCAGUGCAUUGUUGUGUCCGAAGUGCAAAAGUGGUUCUGUACGUUCUGUAGAGCCACUGAAUCAGUCGGCGGCUUGGAGCUGUGAUCGCUGUGACUAUACACUGAAAUCGACGGAGAUUGUGAAAUUAUUAGACACAAUUAAUAUGAAUUUGGAGAACAUAGAUGCGCACAAUAUACCAGGACUAGAGGGUUUUCUGAAAAAAUAUGAACGUGUACUCGGACCCAAUCAUUAUCUGCUGCUCUCAGCGAAAUAUUCUCUCUGUCAAAUCUAUGGUCGUAUUGAGGGUUAUCUGCUACAUACAAUGCCGCUGGAAAAUGUAGAGAAGAAGGAAAAUUAUUGUCGCCAUUUCCUGAGUAUUAUUAAUGUGUUGGAACCAGGACUAACACGUUUGAGAGGUCUCAUUCUAUAUGAACUGCAUGGCGCCAUAAUGAUGCGUUCACAGCGCUUGAUGAUGACUGGCGGCAUAAAUGAGGCAGAAUUUAAGCGUAACAUUAAGGAGGUCAUCAAAUGUUUGCAGGAGAGUCGAGAUAUUCUGCUGUUAGAGCCGAUUGGUUCGAGUGAACAUGAAAUGGGCGCAGCAGCGGCUGGAGCAUUAGCGGAAAUGGGUGUGAAGUGAACCGCACAGGAUCACUUCCAUCAGUUUUUUAGUGAAACAUACAUUUUCGUAUGCACUUCGCUUUAAUUUUUGACCUCGAAGAUGAUUUUAUACGCGUUUUCUCCUCAGGUGCCGUAAUUUUGGCUGUACUAUCGAAAACUGUUCCAUAAAACCCACAACAACACAUUCGCACACACAUACAUAUUUUUCAUAUAGUCUCAACUAUACACAUUUACACACAAACGCAUCUCAUGACUACGAGUAACUUUGCAUGAUCAUGCACAAAAAUACAUAUACAUAUGAGCAUGAAAAUGAUAUUGUACUCUCUGAAGUACUAUUACCAACAUCAAUCUACACAUACCACUACCAACAUACUCGUAUCUGCCAUUAUAUUCCAUACAUUUGCAUGUAUCCAUUUAAGAAUAAAGUCUCUCAUUACAUUUUUUUAGUUUUAAAGUGUUUCAUACUAUAUCGCUCUAGAAAUAGUGGGUAAGUAAGUUCAUCAACACAGAUCACUAGCCUAUUCUCAUUAAUGCAUGAUGUUAUUUUGCGUUUUGUUUAUUUUUGAGGAGUUUACUUGAGAAUUUAAAGAAUCUGAGAGGAAUCCACUUAAGAUCAAUAGAUUUUCAUCAACUUUAUUUCUUCAGUCAUUUCAUACACAAAAUCUAAAAUUGUCAAUCAUAUAAAAAUACCCUCUUAAUUCACAAAUCAUGUUCCAUUUAACAUAAUUCACAAGAGUUUUGUUCAGAAAUAAUUGAAAAAAAUGGUUUCUAAAGUCACAGCAUAUAUAUCAGCAUACAUAGAUCCAUUCAAGAAUCAUUUAACAAAUCAUAAAUCACAAUUCAUCAAAGAAAAAUCAUGAAUCAUACAUUUUUAUUCAUAUAUUGUAAGUCAUAUAUGAAGAACCAUUCAUCAUCUUCUACCUCAUCGAUUUCUCUACUCAUUGCACAUUCAUCGUCAAUGAUCCAUACUUCACUGAUUUCACCUUCAUUAUACAUUAAUGGCCCACCUUGAAUAUUUUUCGCAAUUAUUUAAUUGGCAUGCUCCAUUUAGCAUAGACGUGAACCAUA